AUGGUAUUUUUCACAUGUGAUACAUGUGGCGAGGCGUUGAAAAAGAAUCAGGUAGAGAAACACAACUUCAAGUGCAGGCAAUCAACGUACUCUUGCAUUGACUGCAAUGCGGUAUUCACGUCAGUCACAUAUAAAGAUCAUAUCAAAUGCAUAUCAGAGGACCAGAAAUAUGGUGGCAAGAAUUAUGUGCAAAAAGAGAAUAAAGGUGAAGUGAAACAAAAUCAGUGGGUUGAGCAGGUGGAGCGUGCAAUUCAGAAAGUUCAAGAACCAGCCGUCAAGAAUGUACUCGAACAGAUUCGUGGAUAUGGGAAUAUACCUCGGAAAGAGGCAAAAUUUAUCAAUUUUCUCCUCAACUCAAUCCGUAUUAGGGAUAGAAAUCUUUGCAGUAAGGCAUGGAAAUGUAUCGCUGAUGAAGCGAAAAGAAUGCGCGAAGAAGAUGAAAAGCAGAAACAAAAGGAGAAUAAUUCAAAGAAGGGCGAAGGUGAUAAUGAUGAACCAACAGCUAGCAAUAAUGAUACUAACAAUAAUGUUGAUAACAUUGAAAAUAUUAAUGACUCAAAUUCGUGUGAACUUUCACUUAAAAAUGGGCAUUCCAAGAAGCGAAGUGAAUCGGUUACGAAUGACCAGAAAAGUGUGAACGGAUCGAAAGAGAGUUUCAAGUGGAAAAAAGCGAUAAAGAGGACAUUGAAGGAGGAGGGCGGUGAAAUGAAACUAAAGAAAUUACGAAAAUUGGUAAUCGGAAAGUAUGUGGAAAAUGGAGACGUUAAAGAAGACGUAACGCACUUACAGGAACUCUUCGAUACGAAAUUGGAAUCAGCUGGCGUGACUGUAGACGGCAAAUUAGUUAGAUUAUCUUAG